CGCCUCUCCCCCACGUCACACGUGCCACCCCUACGCGCCUCCCUCACCUCGCCACCAAUCCUUCCUCCCCGCCUCCGCCUCCGGCGAGCGCACCCACCCGCCGCGGGCCGCGCACCAUGAAGCAGCUCCACCGGCAGUCGAGCAUGAGCAAGCAGCACCGCCCGCACCACCGCACCUCCCUCUCCAGCACUCUCGCCUCCUACCUUCUCCGCGAGCAGCGCCUCCUCUUCGUCCUCCUCGGCUUCAUCCUCGCCUCCUCAUUCUUCCUCCUCUGCCCCUCCCUCACCCCUCACCCCUCCUCCGCAUCCACCACCUUAGUGGCCGCUGUGGCCACCAGAAUCCCCCUCGGCGGCUCCUUAUCCGUCUCCGCCGCCGCGCGCCGCCUCCCCGUAGGCGUCCGCAAGCCCUCCCUGCGCGUCGUCGUCACCGGAGGCGCGGGGUUUGUCGGCAGUCACCUCGUCGACAAGCUCCUCGCCCGCGGGGACAGCGUCAUCGUCGUCGACAACUUCUUCACGGGCCGCAAGGACAACGUCGCGCACCACCUCGGCAACCCACGAUUCGAGCUCAUCCGCCACGACGUCGUCGAGCCCAUCCUCCUCGAGGUCGACCAGAUCUACCACCUCGCCUGCCCCGCAUCCCCCGUGCACUACAAAUUCAACCCCAUCAAGACUAUCAAGACAAAUGUGAUGGGGACCUUGAACAUGCUGGGAUUGGCGAAGAGAGUCAGGGCCAGGUUCUUGUUGACUAGUACCAGCGAGGUGUAUGGUGAUCCUCUUGAGCAUCCACAGAAGGAGAGCUACUGGGGCCAUGUCAAUCCCAUAGGUGUUAGGAGCUGUUACGACGAAGGAAAGAGAACGGCAGAAACUCUUACCAUGGAUUAUCAUCGUGGUGCUGGUGUUGAGGUGAGGAUUGCACGCAUAUUCAACACAUAUGGCCCUCGUAUGUGUUUAGAUGAUGGACGAGUUGUUAGCAACUUUGUUGCACAGGCUUUGCGGAAACAACCAAUGACAGUCUAUGGUGACGGAAAACAAACUCGAAGCUUCCAAUAUGUUUCAGAUUUGGUUGAUGGGUUGGUAACUCUGAUGGAAAGUGAGCAUAUUGGACCUUUCAACUUGGGAAAUCCAGGAGAAUUUACCAUGUUAGAGCUUGCACAGGUAGUAAAAGAAACUAUUGACCCAGGUGCAUCUGUCGAGUUCAAACCCAACACUGCAGAUGAUCCACACAUGAGAAAACCUGACAUCUCUAAGGCCAAAUCUCUUCUCAAUUGGGAGCCAAAAAUCUCACUGAAACAAGGCCUGCCGCGCAUGGUCUCAGAUUUCCAGAAACGCAUAAUGGAGGAGCAAUGAGCAGCAGUACCUGCCGAACUCGGGAUACUGUAUUAUACUUGCUUGACGAAUCAUUUUUGGUGCCUUGACAAGCUCAGCUACAAGCGACGGGCCACUUGCCUAAAAUUUCUUCUUUCAGGGCGAUUCUUUUUGUGACAGGACAUCUGUUCUUUGCUUUCGAUUUGUUUGAUAAAAAUUUUCCAUAGAAUCAUGCGUUCGAGUUCUUGUCGAAACCGUAGCCUUUCAGCAAAGAGUACUAGAAAUCUACAUAAAUUUAGUCUUCUCUUUUACGUAUAAAUGUUAUUUAUUCAA